AUGGGCCUUUUGGGAGAGCAGAAGACCUCUCCGCAUCGGCUACGUCUGGUGCUUUUGUCGCUGUGGCUCGUGGCUGGUGGCCUCGUGGCUGUGGCACAGUGUGUGGGCUUGUCCACCAGCCAGCUUACCUAUGCCCUCUAUGGCAGCCUCCUCGGCCUCCUCCCAGGCAUGCUCCAUCUCCGACGCAGCAAGAGCGAAAAGCCGCCACGCGCCAUCUGUCGCUACGCUGGUGCAGUAGCGAUUCCGGCCACGGGCAUCUUCGUGUCCUUGUACCCGUUCCUGCCCAUGUGCCGGUGGCACUCCUUCAUGACAGAGGGAGAGCCCCCGAAAGACGCCGGGCAGUGGUUCCUGCGCUGGGUGGACGCCAUCGCCUGCGUCGGGAUCACCGUUGUGGCUGCGCUGGCCAUGAAGACGAAGCACAAAAAGUCCAACUACAUCCGCCAUGCCGUCUGGGCUAUCGUCGGAAGUUGGAUGCUGGUGGUGCUCCUCGCAUCCACCACCUUUUUUCCGGAGAAGCCUCUUGGCAGGGAGUUGUGA